CACCCACAAUAGGGACAAAUUGAUAGCAGAAACUUGGCCGCAUUACCGUUAAAAUUGGUUGCAUUAAUGAAACAUAUUACCAAAAAUCGCGCAUAGUGCCAUUACGCAUAAAACGUGACGGCGCGACGCGAUAAAAACGCCAGCCAACCAGUUCAUUGCAUCAGUGUGCCGUGUAGUUGCGCUUAACGCAAAGCGUUUGCUGCGUUUAAAGGUCACCUUGAAACGUCAAAACCGAAACUUCUGCGCUCGACCGCCGCUCUCGCGCCCAGUUUGUGAAAAUCGUCUCGCAGGCACAUAGCCACGGCAUCUGUGGCCAGCAUAAGAUUUGCGCAGUUCAUUUGGACAACUCGGCUUCCUCGAAGCUCCUCCAGUUGCGCUGUGAAUCAUUCACAAAAUAUUUGCCUUUGGGUGCAUCCAACUUGAACUUCGAUACGUGCGUCCGUCUCUCACUCUCACCUCACCUAACUCUCUCCCUCUGCGUGCGUGCGUGUGUGUGCGUUGCCGUUGUUUUUUGAAUCGAUUAACUUGUAUUUGAAUAAUUUUUAAAUCGAAAGAGGUGCUUGGCCAAAAAAUGAAUAGUGAUACUAAUCAACGUUUCCUGGCACGCGGCUCCCAGCGCGACAAGGGCCUGGCCGUCUUCACCAGCGGUGGCGACUCCCAGGGCAUGAAUGCUGCUGUGAGGGCAUGUGUGCGUAUGGCCAUCUACUUGGGAUGCAAGGUGUACUUCAUUCGUGAAGGCUAUCAGGGCAUGGUGGAUGGCGGCGAUUGCAUCCAGGAAGCAUCUUGGUCGUCGGUGUCAUCAAUCAUACAUCGUGGCGGUACCAUCAUUGGCUCCGCUCGUUGCAAGGACUUCCGUGAGCGUGCUGGCCGUCUAAAGGCUGCCAAUAACUUGGUGCAACGCGGCAUUACCAAUCUGGUGGUAAUUGGCGGUGAUGGCUCGCUGACUGGCGCCAACCUGUUCCGUCAGGAGUGGUCCAGCCUGCUGGAUGAGCUGGAGAAGAAUAAGAGCAUUACCCCUGAGCAGAAGAACAAGUACAAUGUUCUGCAUAUUGUUGGAUUGGUGGGUUCGAUUGAUAACGAUUUCUGCGGCACGGACAUGACCAUUGGCACGGAUACGGCCUUGCACCGCAUCAUUGAGGCCAUCGAUGCCAUUGCUAGCACUGCCUACUCGCAUCAGCGCACCUUCAUCAUGGAGGUCAUGGGUCGUCAUUGCGGUUAUUUAGCGCUCGUUGGUGGCCUGGCCUGCGAGGCCGAUUUCAUAUUUAUACCCGAAAUGCCGCCGAAAGUCGAUUGGCCAGAUAGGCUUUGCACUCAGUUGGCCCAGGAGCGUUCGGCUGGUCAGCGUCUGAACAUCGUCAUUGUGGCCGAGGGAGCCAGUGAUCGGGAGGGCAAUCCAAUUACCGCCGAGCAGGUGCGCAAGGUGAUCGACGAGCGUCUCAAACACGACGCUCGUAUCACUGUCUUGGGUCACGUGCAGCGCGGUGGCAAUCCCAGCGCCUUCGAUCGUGUCUUGGCUUGUCGCAUGGGCGCCGAGGCCACAUUGGCUCUGAUGGAAGCCACGCCGGAGUCAGUGCCGGUGGUCAUCUCGCUGGACGGCAACCAGACGGUUCGUGUGCCUCUUAUGGAGUGUGUGGAGCGCACCCAGGCUGUAGCUAAGGCCAUGGCGGAGCGUCGCUGGGCCGAUGCUGUGAAGCUGCGCGGUCGUUCCUUUGAACGCAACCUGGAGACCUACAAGAUGUUGACGCGCUUGAAGCCGCCCAAAGAGAACUUCGACGAGCAGGGCAAGGGCAUCGAGGGCUACAGGCUGGCUGUGAUGCACAUUGGUGCGCCGGCCUGCGGCAUGAAUGCGGCCGUGCGCAGCUUUGUGCGCAAUGCCAUUUAUCGUGGCGAUGUUGUCUAUGGCAUCAACGAUGGCGUUGAGGGCCUCAUUGCUGGCAAUGUGCGCGAGCUGGGCUGGUCUGAUGUCUCUGGCUGGGUGGGUCAGGGUGGUGCUUACCUCGGCACCAAGCGUACUCUGCCCGAGGGCAAGUUCAAGGAGAUCGCCGCUCGCCUCAAGGAGUUCAAGAUCCAAGGUCUGCUGAUCAUCGGUGGCUUUGAGAGCUACCACGCCGCUGGCCAAAUCUCCGAUCAGCGCGACAACUAUCCAGAGUUUUGCAUACCCAUUGUGGUUGUGCCGGCUACCAUUUCGAACAAUGUGCCAGGCACCGAAUUCUCGCUCGGCUGCGAUACCGGCUUGAAUGAGAUCACCGAAAUCUGCGAUCGCAUUCGCCAGUCGGCCCAGGGCACCAAGCGUCGUGUGUUUGUCAUUGAGACCAUGGGUGGCUAUAGCGGCUAUUUGGCCACGUUGGCUGGCCUGGCUGGUGGUGCGGAUGCCGCGUAUAUAUAUGAGGAGAAGUUCUCCAUUAAGGAUCUGCAACAGGAUGUCUAUCACAUGGCAUCCAAAAUGGCCGAGGGCGUGUCUCGCGGCCUCAUCUUGCGCAAUGAGAAGGCCAGUGAGAACUACACCACUGACUUCAUCUAUCGCCUGUAUUCAGAGGAGGGCAAGGGUCUGUUCACCUGCCGCAUGAACAUCUUGGGCCACAUGCAACAGGGUGGCUCUCCCAGUCCAUUCGAUCGCAACAUGGGCACCAAAAUGGCCGCCAAGUGCGUCGACUGGCUGGCCACACAGAUCAAGAACAACAUCGACAGCAAUGGCGUCGUCAACUGCAAAUCGACCGACACAGCAACACUGCUGGGCAUCGUCUCGCGGCAGUAUCGAUUCACGCCCCUGGUCGAUCUCAUUGCCGACACCAACUUUGAUCAACGCAUACCGAAGAAGCAGUGGUGGCUGCGCCUGCGUCCAUUGCUGAGAAUUCUGGCUAAGCACGACUCGGCCUACGAGGAGGAGGGCAUGUACAUCACCGUCGAGGAGGAGUGCGCCACAGAUGCCGUCGCUUAGACAGCUGAAGAAGAAAACAACAAACACUUAUCAUGCCCAGUGCACAUAGAAAACAUCGUAGAAUCAAUCUUAAUGUUUAUUUCUAUUCUGACAGUUGCAACAAACUUGAACGUUGUAAAUUUUGGGUUUUCUAUUAUUGUUUCAUUUAUAUAGUAAACAUUUUUGACAUAUUUAUACGAUAAACAUGUCUCUCAGCUCAGGUCAAAGUUUAAACAGCUAAUAUUUACUGAUAUUUAGCCAAACUAACCAUACCCUAGAGUGAAAGUGUGCACUCCGAAAAAA